CCUAAGUAGUGUGCACUACCUAGUGUGCGGAGCCCUGUCCGUGGUCCUGAACGCGCACGGUCACGUGACCGACCCCCCGCGCGCCUCCCGUGUUCCGCGGAUCCUCGAGCCGCACGACUGCAGCUGCAGCGCCGCACCGGACGCGCUCUUCGGUUCUCGGUUCGGAGGCAUGGAGCCGCUGCUCGGUGAGAUGAAGCAGCUCUGCGGGAGAAUACACGAGGCCUGCAGCGAGCUGAAGGAGGAUCUGACGCCCUUCAGGAGCGAGCGCUUCUACAGGUUGGCCCCCAUGCGUCUCUACACUCUCUCUAAGAGGCACUUCGUUCUGGUGUUUGUGGUUUUCUUCUUCUGCUUCGGCGUCUCCACACUCAUCGGUGUGUCAGGACCCAAGAUCAUAACUGAGAAUUAUUCCAACGGUUUAAGCGUCAGCGCCAAUGGAUCGAAGACCGGACCCUUCGACCUCAAAUCUCAGCCGCUGUCCAACUACAACCAGCAGCUGUGGCUCACGUGCAUCAUCCAGCUGGACAACAACAUUGCAGAUCUGAGCUUGAAAGAGUUUGGGAUGAAUGUGGAGCUGCAGGGAGUGAUGCAGGACGCCAGCGUGAUACGCAUCAGCAACAACAUUCACAACAAGAACAGAACCCUGCACUGCGCCGCCCACCAGCAGGCGUGUGAUGAGAUCAUCGUUCUUCAUCUGGGGUAUCUGAACUACACUCAGUACAAGAUCAGCGUCAGCUUCAGGAAUCUGCUGCAGGACCGAAUCAAAAACGUGACUUUUGUGUUUAAGAUGUACAACGCCACCUUCUCUCAGGUGGAGAUCUGGUUCCGCUUCGUGUUCGUGGUGAUGACCUUCAUCGUGACCUGUGUGUUCGCUCACUCCUUACGCAAGUUCUCCAUGAGGGACUGGGGCAUCGAGCAGAAGUGGAUGUCUGUUCUUCUUCCUCUGCUGCUGCUGUACAACGAUCCGUUCUUCCCUCUGUCGUUCCUGCUCAACAGUUGGUUUCCGGGAACGCUGGAUGCGUUCUUCCAGGCUCUGUUCCUGUGUGCACUGCUGCUCUUCUGGCUGUGUGUGUAUCACGGCAUCCGUGUGCAGGGCGAGAGGAGGUUCCUGACCUUCUACCUGCCCAAGCUGCUGAUCGUGGGGCUGCUGUGGCUCUCGGCCGUCACGCUGGGAAUCUGGCAAACGGUGAACGAGCUGCAGGACCCCACGUAUCAGUACAAAGUGGACAUCCAGAACUUCCAGGGCAUGAAGAUCUUCUUCCUGCUAUAUUAA